UUACGGGACACCCAAACGAAUUUCAUAACUGAAUAUGAGGUCAAGAAAUCCAAUCUAAUAAUCCAAUUCUAAGCUGCGGUGUCCAUGAAAAUCCGAACCCCAACUGAAAAUGAACACUAUCAUCCACAAACCAAGCACAUCUCCAAAUCACCCAUCUUCACUCUUCCCUCAAAUCAGCAGAUGCAAGACGACAAGACACCUCAAGCAAAUCCAUGCCCACUUCAUCAAAACAGGCCAAAUACACCACCCUCUUGCUGCUGCUGAACUCCUCAAAUUUCUCACCCUCUCUACUCAACGUGAAAUCAAAUACGCACGUAAGUUUUUUAGCCAAAUCCAUCAUCCCAAUUGCUUCUCUUGGAAUACUAUCAUUAGAGCUUUAGCUGAUUCUGAUGACGAUGAUCUUUUUCAUGUUAACUCAUUAGAGGCAUUACUGUAUUUUUCCCACAUGCUUACUGAUGGUCUCGUGGAACCUAAUAAAUUCACUUUCCCUUGCGUGCUAAAAGCCUGUGCAAAAUUGGCUAGGAUUGAAGAGGGGAAACAGCUUCAUGGGUUUGUUGUGAAAUUAGGAUUGGUUAGCGAUGAGUUUGUUGGCAGUAAUCUUGUUAGAGUGUAUGUUAUGUGUGGGGCCAUGAAAGAUGCUCAUGUUUUGUUUUAUCAGACGAGGCUAGAGGGUAACGUUGUUUCAUGGAAUGUUAUGAUAGAUGGGUAUGUGAGGAUGGGGGAUCUUAGAGCUUCUAGGGAGUUGUUUGAUAGUAUGCCUAAUAAAAAUGUGGUUUCGUGGAAUGUGAUGAUAUCUGGAUGUGCACAAAAUGGACACUUUAGGGAGGCAAUUGAGAUGUUUCAUGAUAUGCAAUGGGGAGAUGUGUCUCCAAAUUACGUGACUUUGGUUAGUGUUCUUCCUGCUAUUUCGCGACUCGGUGCUACUGAAUUAGGAAAAUGGGUGCAUCUGUUUGCAGAGAAGAAUGGGAUUGAAAUCGAUGAUGUGCUUGGUUCUGCUUUGAUCGAUAUGUAUUCGAAGUGUGGUAGCAUUGACAAAGCAGUUCAGGUAUUUGAGGGGAUAAGAAAUAAAAAGAAUCCCAUUACUUGGAGUGCUAUCAUUGGCGGGCUUGCUAUGCAUGGUCGAGCAAGGGACGCUCUUGAUCACUUUUGGAGAAUGCAACAAGCUGGAGUGACUCCCAGUGAUGUUGUGUAUAUUGGUGUAUUGAGUGCUUGUAGCCAUGCUGGUUUAGUUCAAGAGGGUCGAUCUGUUUAUUACCAUAUGGUUGACAUUGUUGGUCUCUUGCCUAGGAUUGAACAUUAUGGGUGCAUGGUUGAUCUAUUAGGCCGUGCUGGGUGUUUAGAAGAGGCUGAACAGCUUAUACUUAACAUGCCUAUUAAACCAGAUGACGUGAUAUUGAAGGCCUUGCUUGGUGCUUGUAAAAUGCAUGGAAACAUUGAGAUGGGAGAACGUAUUGCAAAAAUUUUGAUGGGUUGGUAUCCACAUGAUAGUGGAUCUUAUGUUGCUCUCUCCAAUAUGUUUGCCUCAGAAGGAAACUGGGAGGGGGUUGUCAAGGUGAGGCUUAAAAUGAAGGAAUUGGAUAUAAGGAAAGACCCUGGAUGUAGUUGGAUUGAGCUUGAUGGAGUGAUACAUGAAUUCCUUGUGGAAGAUGAUACCCAUCCUAGAGCUGAAGGAAUCCAUUCGAUGUUGGAGGAAAUGUCAGAUCGACUAAGGUCAGUGGGAUACAGGCCAAACACUACCCAAGUCUUGCUCAACAUGGACGAAAAAGGAAAACAAAGUGCAUUGCACUAUCAUAGUGAAAAGAUUGCAAUUGCCUUUGGCUUAAUCAGUACAAGGCCCCAGACACCACUCCAAAUUGUUAAGAACCUGCGUGUCUGUGAAGAUUGUCACUCUUCAAUAAAACUUGUCUCAAAGAUUUAUAAUCGUAAGAUAAUUGUAAGAGACCGGAAGCGCUUCCAUCAUUUCGAGAACGGAUUUUUCUGCGAUCUAUUUAGCAUAAAUUGGAUGAGAAGAAGAGCAUGGACAGAGCACAGCUUAUGAUGAGAAAUGAUCUUAGGUGAGACAUGAUUGAAAGCUGCAAUAUACCAGGGUCUCAUGUACUGGUGUGUUUCAAAAUCCUUUGAAAAAGAAUAGUCUCAGACACAUUGAGCUAGCUCACUUGUUUGAUGUUUCCAUUCUGUAAAGAAGGAAGUUACAAGCCAUUAGAAUUAUUUUGUGCAGAGGAAAUUUUGGCCUAAAUGUCAAAUUAAACACACGGAGUGUGAUGUAACUUCAUUGUGGUCCUGUAAUUUUCACAAGUUCCUAAUGCCAUCCUUAUAUUCCAUUUCUGACAAUCA